UCUUCUCUUAUUUUCGGCGGCGGGGGUCUGAUGCAUGAUUUGCCGUUGAACGACGACGUUCGUCAAGCUCGGUCGUUCAGUCAAGAGGAGAGCGUCACACAGAGUACCUUUCUCUCCCACUCUGGAUGGAUGCUACAGGAAUCUAGUUCGAAGUCUGUGAUGGUCAAUGGUUGUAAUUGUGAUGAGUGAUUCCGCCCAUAAAUCAGCCGAUUCUUCGAGACCAAACUUCAUGGGUAUGAUGGCCAACGCUCAACAACAGCAGCAGCAGCAUCAACAACAACCAAAGCAACCUCCCGCAGCCCAACCGAUCAAGAGUUACAGUGACUUUAUGAGAAGCCUCGCCGCCAAAUAUAAUAACAACGAGUCUUCCUCAUCUUCACCACCGGCCAAUGAUCUGGCCGAAUCUCUCAAACUCGGGUUUUCUCCGCUGAACCCAUUUUUGGGCUUCCCCUCUCCAUUUCGAAUGCCCUUGAACUCGCAAGGCUAUCCUCCGGGAUUGAAUCCCUUGUUGCAACAUGCCUCCAAAGAUGAACAAAUUAGAGCUGCGGCAGCUGCCAUGAUGAGCUCCAUUCCAGGAAUGGGAUUUCCUUCCAUGAUUGACCAACUAUCCUCCACUCAAGCUCUAUUGAACUUGGCUGCAGCUCGAACCUCGACCACCAUGGCGAACUCUGAAAGUGGUGAGCCACCCAUGAAGAUUCGAAAACGUGAUAGCACCACAAAUAAACCCAUCAAGAACGAGCACCAUCCACUGGAUUUGAGCGGAAGUAAUCCACCCUCACCCUCCUCUAAAUCAGAGGCCGAUCAAAGAAUUGAUACCAAAGAAACCCAACAACGCCAAUUUCUUCUCCAUCAACACCACCAACAUCACCAACAACUCCAAAAACACCAUCACCGUCAAAAACAACCAGAGCCAGAGAUCAACCAUCCGGAACGACGUCCAGAUUCUCCGGAAAUGGACGCGGCUGUUUUACAAUGGACUGUCUCAGAUGUCGUGGAUUUUGUGGACUCCAUAGACAUGUGCAAGGAAUACAGCUCGGUAUUUCAAGAGCACAACAUUGAUGGUCCCUCACUAGCUCUCUUGACCGACGAUCAUCUUACCAAGAGACUGGGCUUGAAGCUCGGUCCCGCUCUCAAACUUCGUUCCAUGGUCCAAAGCAAGUUCCACAUGGCUUCUUCGUCCACGUCAUCAUCGAAGAUUGCUCUGGGAGCCUGUAUUCACUGUACCCAUUGUCAGGAACGCCUGAAGUCCAUGGUACAACGAGACAAGAAGUCCAAGUCUGUCGUCAGCCAGAGGUCCAAUUCCCCGGAGCCUCAACCAGACCCCUAGUCCCCUAGUGUCGUUCAAUGCUCUGCUUAACCGGACAACUAUGUUUCCGCCUUUGCUUUGUUGGUCAAUGUGCUUUGUGCAAUACACACAUGUCGAG